CCUAGGUCUGAUCUACCAGAAACAUGGCAACCAGCGCUGUCCCGAGUGACAACCUCCCCACCUACAAGCUGGUGGUGGUGGGUGAUGGGGGUGUGGGCAAGAGUGCCCUCACUAUCCAGUUUUUCCAGAAGAUCUUUGUGCCUGACUACGACCCCACCAUCGAAGACUCCUACCUGAAACAUACAGAGAUUGACAAUCAAUGGGCCAUCUUGGAUGUUCUGGACACAGCCGGGCAGGAGGAGUUCAGCGCCAUGCGAGAGCAGUACAUGCGGACAGGUGACGGCUUCCUCAUCGUCUUCUCAGUCACCGACAAGGCCAGCUUCGAGCACGUGGACCGCUUCCACCAGCUCAUCCUUCGUGUCAAGGACAGGGAGUCAUUCCCGAUGAUCCUUGUGGCGAACAAGGUCGAUUUGAUGCACCUGAGGAAAAUCACCAGGGAGCAAGGAAAAGAAAUGGCGACAAAACACAAUAUUCCAUACAUAGAAACCAGUGCCAAGGACCCACCUCUCAAUGUCGACAAAGCCUUCCAUGACCUCGUUAGAGUAAUUAGGCAACAGAUUCCUGAAAAAAGCCAGAAGAAGAAGAAGAAAACCAAAUGGCGGGGAGAUCGGGCCACUGGCACCCACAAACUGCAGUGCGUUAUAUUGUGACGGGCCUGCGGCCUAGGGCACGGCAAGCGUGAACUGGCCAGCCCUUGGGACCCCUCUGCUGCCUAACUGCACUGAAAACCAUUUUUAACCACAACCCUUGGCCCAAGGACUUGGCACAGGAAGAGAGGAAGGGAGGGUGGGCAGGGAGGACAUAGGACCUGGCUUUGCCAAAAGGGCAUGCAUGGGCUUUCCAGUCUCUCACAAGAGACAAGGAAGUGACACAGGAACAGAAGCAGCAUCCAAGCCCCUCAUGUGUUGAUUCAGCCCGGUUCCGCCCCCUCUCUUAGUGGGUGUGUUGUUUCUUUUAACUGCAUAGUUUUGGUUUGAUGUGGAGGUAUUAAUCUAUGUACAAAUACAAAAGAAGCCAUGAACAAACUUUUCCCCUGUGCCCCCAGUCAACAGUGUUUAAGCUUGGAUGUCUUUUCUAGAUUUUUUUAAAUUAUUUUAGUGAUUAUUAUUUUAUCGAAGGGGUCUGUUCCCACUGACUGGUAAAGUUU